CAUUUUCAUCUUCUUUUUUUGACUGCAUCGUUCUGGUAAGGAAACUGGAUAUUUCGUAUUCGAAGCUCUCUCCAAUGGACAUUUCUGAUAAAUGCAUCCUUGAAUGUUUACUAAUUAUCAACCAUUGACGCGAAUCGAUGGAUGAAUAAUGGCUGAGGUGGCUCAGCAUGUGAUAAACGAAUCAAUCCGAAUGUAGACGAUUGCAGUUUAUCACAAAUACCAACUCCCGAUUCCUCUGGCCUCCCUGCGACGCUGCGUCCAAUAUCACAAAACUCGAUAUGACAUGAACAAAAUGGCCGCCGGCUGAGGUGGCUCAGACGUGAUCAAGAUUAUGGAUCUUUCGGGUCAUUGAGUUACCGGCAUGCAAUAUACCAACGGCUUUAUUUCAUAGAAAGCAUGGGACGAGUCUCAUUAAAUAAUGAUCUUUGUCCUUUAUAUUUACGAUGGAAAUUUGAAAUUUGGCGCCGGGAGGAUGGAGAUAUUGAUAUGAAUGCUCUAUAAAUUGCGUAUCGCCGAGCAAUGUUGCCAAAUAAGCAAUAUUAAUUACAUUUCUAUUAAGGAAAUUUCCCCCCGUUUUCAGUUUGCGUUAUUAGUUGAAUAUGAUCGGAUGCACGGUAGCGGAUGCCAAAGUUUGCGCCCCAGGACAAUCGGCAACGUCCUGUUGUCGUCCCUUUUCAGUUAAGGGGGGAACUGUUGAAAAUGUUUCAGAAAAAACGGGACCAAAAAUAUCAAACUCCCAAUUCUUAGCGAUCGUUAUUAUACGGUCCAGGGAAAUUUACUUCACUGGUAAUAUGUUUCCCAUAUAGAUUAUGAUCUUGACAGUCCAGGAGAUCAAUAUUUAUAAGACAUACUGAAAUCAGUUAAAAACACAAACAUUGUCUCACAAAAUCUAUUGAAAUUCAAUACCAAACCAAAAGAGAAAAAACAAAAUUUGUGCAAUUGGUUUUAUCCCAGAUGGAAGCAAAUUUCGCGUCAUUUUACAUUACGGUCAUAUGACGGUCAUUGACAUGUCACCUCACCGAUCUAUGAACGACCAAUUUGGGUCACGUAACAAUAAUACGACGGACUUCUCACGGCUAUCUGGCAUCCCAAAGGUGGCGCUACUUCAGAUAUUCAAAUCUUAUUGUUUUUACUGUAAUCUUUUUGGUUUCUUCGAAAGUCUAGCGAUUUGUUAUCGUACUUGAACGUGACGCAGAUAAAAGCGUCAUUUGAAUAAAAGAAAACUGUGAAGAUAAUGUUAGUUUAUUUCGCCGGCAAAGCCAAGAACAGUUUUAUGACAAAAAUUGUUUAUGUUCGCUAAGUUUAUAAUUUUCCCUUUAACGGUCGUGAUAAGAAUGUUAUGAAAAAUUUGACAUUUCUACUGAAUAAUACUCCUAUCAUGGGAAAAAUAAACUGAUUGACAAUCACGUCAUGAGAUUUGACCAAACAUGGCGGAUGUGCUCGUUCUAUUGACAACAGUAAACGUGAUUGUCAAUGACGAUCAUAUUUUCAUGAUCUGACAGUUACUCAUUCGUAAGGCCAUGACGAAAUCUAUAUCUAGAGACCUUAUCAAUGUUCUUUGCAGCUGUCAUUUACCUGAAAGUGGUCCGAAAUCCGAACUGGAUGGGGACGUUAAAAAAACUCGUAUACAAAUGUUACACAUACCACAAGAGCGAAUACCUCCUUCGAUUUUGUGCCUAUCUCGCCCAAUAUCCCCGAGAAAAGCUCUACUAUGUCAAUAAUUGGGACUCGACAACGAGCCUUUAUCACAAAGGCACCGGAAAACUUCUGGCAACAUUCCGCAAUGAGAACAUGGAUUACGAUAAAAUUGUUGAUAGCCCACGUCGAUCUCUGCUACCCCAGAAUCAUGCAACAUCGAAAAACUUGGGUAAACCUAACAAAUCAAAGGAGCCAAAACAACGACCGAAAGAUGAUUCAUCCUUGGUUGUAAUACAGCCAUCUAUGGAGGAAAUUUAUCUCUGUGACAACUGUGAUGCUGAAUUUGGGGAUUUGGAUCAGAUGAAGGAUCAUGAAAAAAUAUGCGGUGAGCCGGUAACAACCACCACUCCACGACCAGUGACCCCUUACGAGCCUAUCAUCGAGCCUGAAUUGGAUCAAAAUCAGUUUUUAGAUUACUUCAAAUUAUCGACACCCACUGCACAAUUCAGACCGGUCAUAAACAAAUCGUCUAACCCACCAUCACCAACGAUUCAUUGUGAACCUGUGAGGGGUACACGACGAAUGCGAACAGCUGUUAAUCUCACGAGGUGUCCAACAAUUCCGCUGUCUUCACCUGCUGGAAUGAUCAUGCUCAAAAAAUCCAAGACAAUGACUGAGAGCAUUCAACAGGAGAGAUUGGAAAGGGUAGAGAGGCAUUUGCAUGCACCGUCUCUCAACAGGUUCAACAGACCUAAGUGGCUAGAUCGGUAUAUCGAGUACAACCGAUGGAUGGUCAGCUAUAAACCGAACAGGGAGAAGUUUGGACAGGAUGACUACGUUCAUAAGUAUACGUUUGGGGCUUUCAAACGGAAACCUGCCCUCAGUCUGAAGGCCCAACUACUCUACAUAGCGUGUGGCACCUGUCAUGUGAAGCUAGAACGACUAACCCCAGAGAAAUUGGAAGACCUGCAGAAACACCCAUGGAAAUAUCGUCCACCACCACCUAGGAAGCUUCCCCCAAAACACCGGCCAGGUCCCCUGUCAAAGUCGAAUCCUCGACACCUGCAUCUGAAGCGCUCAGUUCUGCCGAAACGUAUAUCGAAUGGUCUCAUGGGGCCUACGGAUAAGUCCCCAAAGCCAAUCAUUCCUACAAUUCUGAAAAAUCCGGCUCAUCGUCGUCCAGAGCUGCAGAAGGAUAUCGUUCUGGUGGAUCUGGUAUCAUCGGAUGAGGAAGAGGAUCCGAAGAAGCCUAUUCACUCUGAUGAGAAUCGCGAUCCUAUGUCGGCUUGUGAUAAUCUAUCCAGAGCCAACUAUUUCAAGCCAAUCAGCCUGAGCCCUUCCAAUGGCCGAUCCCGGUCUCUUGGAUAUCAGGGAGCGACGGUCAAUGAUUGGCUGAGGAGUGCAGCACUUCCUGGGGAUACCAAAAGACACAGCAAUUCUGUCAAGUACCUUGGGAAUGUCGUAGAUACGUCCAAGACAUACUCAUCUCUUCUUAAGCAAUCUCCAUAGAAGAAACUUCGAUUGAAGGAGUUUAAAGUGGACUUCAGGACUUGAUUCAUAAUUUCGGAUUGGCUGGGUAAAAGUGAACAAAUCUAGCGAUAAUUUGAAAAUUGACUGAUUCGGCUGAACUGGGUCGUCGGCUUGAAAGAUAUUGAGGAUUGAAAGACACUCGGCAACGGCUUAAGUUUUUUCGUUUUAAUCCUAGGGCGCUAUUUAUUGAAUUUAGAUGGUGUGAUGUCAACGAUGGGAUGGGUGGGGCAUCCCUAGAAACAACGAAAGACGCCGGAAUUCUGCCAAAUACGUUGGCAAUGAUAUAAAUAGAUCUACUAUAUACUCAUUGGUUCUCAAACCAUCUUCAUAGAACAAAUUCCCAUUGAAACCGUGGAACAUGGGCUUCAGUCAUUCAUAACUUCGAAUUGGCUGAAUGAAAAUAAAAAAAUCUAGAGACAAUUUGCAGGUCAUCUGUCGAUCUUUGAAAAUUGAUCGAUUCGUGACAUCCCUAGCAACAAUAGUAAACAACAAUCUUGUCAAGCAUAUUAUUAAUAUCAUAGACGGAUUCAAGACAUACUCAUUGAUUCUCAAGCUAUCUCCAUAGAACAAAUCUUCAUCGAAGCCGUGCGAAGUGGAUUUCAAUGAUUUAUAACUUAGGAUUGGCUGAGUAAAAAUGAAAAAAAUCUAGAGACAAUUGAAUGAUCAUCCAUUGAUCUUUGAAGAUUGAUGGUUUUUUUACAAAUCGAAUCGUUGAUUGAAAAGAUAUAGUACAAUCAUUGAAGCCGAUACAUCGUGGAAGUUGUGUACGAAAAAUUGUUAAUCAACGGAGGAGAAUGUUCUGACAAACAUAAAAAAGUUUGGCAGAAUCCUUUAAUUUUGUAUAAUCUGAAUUGAUGAAUAAAAACUUGAACUUUUUUCCAACUUACGGUGAAAUUCCAGCCAGAUCGUGGAAAUCCAAUAAAUUUAAAGAGUAAAAAUAUCAGCAUGCAAAGGAGAAAACCCCAUAAAUACAAGGUGACUACGAAUCUUAUAGCAUCAAUAGAUUUUACAUAACAAGAUCAUAAAACUUCAUAACCUCAACCAAAAUUCAAAGUUAACUUCUCGAUUGACAAUUGAAAUAGACAAUUUUACGUACACAAAACUAUCCUCAGCGACUGAAGUAAAAUUGAAAGACAUUCAUCGCCUGUAAAUUAUUUUCUUUUUUCGCCCUAGAGCGCUAUUCAUUGAGUUUAGAUGAUUUUAUAGGACGUUAGUGUUGUUUUACCGACAGUUUGAUUGCAUUAAAAAUGCGCAACUCUCGUAGAAAUUAUCUUAAAGGGUCAAUGACCCCGACGUUGAUCGGCGUUGGACAAUAUAGACUGUUUUUUCAUUUCAUUCGUAUAGAAGCCCUUUAGUUCUUUCCUAUAUCACUUGUUUUUUUUCCAUUAAAUAUAUAUUAUAUUUUUUCAUCGAGAAAGCAUUGCAACGUAAAAGAAUAGUGAUGUAUUGCAUUAUUUAUACGGCAUCAUCAGAUUGUUAAGAUUAAGAUACAAUGAGUGUCAUGAAGUUAGAGGAUUUCACGUGAAUCCUGAUAUCAACUUGUCGCUGUAUACUUUACGAAAAAUGUACAUAUAAAAAUAAUCCUCAUUUGGAAUAAAUUUGUCUAGAUUUUUCAUUGUAUAUGGAUUCAUUCCAGGAUAUGGCGGCCAGACUGCCCUAUUUCUGGAUUUUUAGAGGGUGUUCUGGAGUAAAUAUUUAUACGUGGCGUCAUUAACCGCGAAAUUGGAAUGACGAUUUCCGAGUGAAAAAUUCAAUGCACAAUGGAUAAUAAUUCCACAAACUUGAAAAAACUCGUUGGAGAAAAUUGUAAAAAGCAUUUGAAUUCAGUUAUUUUGAUUUACUCACUUCAAACGCCUUCUGGUGAUGACUCCUAGAAGUAUCCCGAUAUUUGGAUGGUACCGCCGAUUCAUAUCACUUGGCUGUUUUCUGAAAAAAAAAAAUCAUACACAAAUUUAUUAUUUAUUUACGUACUUUGUGUAUUGCCAGCAUUAUUUAUGUGAAUUUUUAAUUCGAUAUUUUAUUCUUGUAGUUUUAUAUAUCCGGAAGUAGCGGCCAGACUUGGUACUACUCUCAUAGAGCCUGUGAGAUUAACAGCGGUAGAACCAAUUGCAAAAUUUUGAGAACAAUGUCUUGAAUAUUUUUUGAAGAAUUCAAUCGAUUAUAUGGAUAUAAUUUUUUGUAAUUUAUUUUUAACCACCCAAUGAUGUAAUAAUGUGAUAUAUUUUGUACUGAAAUAAAGGAAUUUGAAAUGGAAA